CAGAAGAUCCUGUGGGGUCGUAUUGGAAUUUUAUCUUUUUAACCACAUUUAUUUUGCAUAUUUAAUGAAUUAAAGUUAUCUGUGUGAACUAUGUCCUGGUUAUUUGGGUAUAGUACGAAACCUCCGCAGCCGCCAACCGAUGACCCGAUGGGUAAUAACGGGGGUGCGGCGGCACCCCCAGUUAACCUCACAAAAGCAGAAAAGAAAGCCAUGGAAGCUUAUCGGUUCGACUCCAGCGCUCUUGAAAGAGCUGCGCAGGCCGCUAAAGAGUUGGAGCAGUCCAGGCAUGCAAAAGAUGCAUUGGAGCUCAGCAAACUUCAAGAAGGCACGCGGCAACAAGAGCAGAUGGCCAAGAUCAAGGAAUAUGAGGCCGCCAUAGAACAGUCCAAGGUGGAACAGAAAAAAGUUGACUAUGAAGAAAGAAGAAAGACCUUACAGGAAGAAACAAAGCAACACCAAAUGCGGGCGCAAUAUCAAGACCAAUUAGCAAAGAAGCGUUACGAGGAGCAGCUAGUCCAACAACAGAGGUCACAAGAUGAGAUAUUAAAGAAACAAGAAGAAAGUGUUGCAAAGCAAGAAGCAUUACGUCGCGCUACAAUAGAACAUGAAAUGGAACUCCGCGAGAAAAACAAACUGAAGGCUAUUGAAGCUGAAGCGAGAGCUAGGGCAAAGGCUGAUCGUGAAAAUCGAGACAUCAAUCUUGAGCAAAUCAGAUUGAAAGCUGCUGAGAACCGUACUACUAUUUUGGAGAGUAUAAAGACAGCAGGCAGUGUCAUAGGCACCGGGUUAAAUGCAUUAGUGACAGAUUGGGACAAGACGUUAGCAGCAGCUGGAGGCCUGUCACUUGUAGCGCUCGGAGUUUACACCGCCAAGGGAGCUACAUCUGUCACUGCAAGAUUCAUUGAAGCCCGAAUUGGUAAACCAAGUCUCGUAAAUGAAACAUCGAGAUUCUCUCUACUGGAAGCGGUGAAGCAUCCCAUCCUUACGGUGUCGAAGGCAAUAGCGAACUUCCGCAAGCCGUCGGACGCGCUGGCCGGCGUGGUGCUGGCGCCGACGCUGGAGCGGCGGCUGCGCGACAUCGCCAUCGCCACCAAGAACACGCGCAUGAAUAAGGGCUUCUACCGGAACCUACUCAUGUACGGGCCGCCUGGCACCGGCAAAACCUUGUUCUCUAAGAAACUGGCGAAGCACUCGGGCAUGGAGUACGCCAUCCUGACGGGGGGCGACGUGGCGCCCAUGGGCAAGGACGCAGUCGCCGCCAUCCACAAAGUGUUCGACUGGGCCAACACCAGCAAGAAAGGUGUACUUCUAUUCAUCGACGAAGCCGACGCAUUCCUUAGAAAACGUUCCUCGGAAAGGAUCAGUGAAGAUCUGCGGGCAGCUCUGAACGCGUUCCUGUACCGCACGUCAGACCAGAGCAACCGCAUCAUGCUGGUGCUGGCCUCCAACACGCCGCAGCAGUUCGACUCCGCCAUCAACGACCGUCUGGACAAGAUGAUCGAGUUCGGGCUGCCGGGCCUCGAGGAACGCGAACGUUUGAUCCGCCUUUACUUUGACAAAUUUGUGCUUCAGCCUGCUUCUGAAGGAAAGAGACGGUUGAGCGUAGACCAGUUCGACUACGGCGAGCUGUGCAGCCUGCUGGCGGCGCGCACGGCCGGCAUGUCCGGGCGCGCGCUGUCCAAGCUCGGCGUGGCGUGGCAGGCCGCCGCCUACGCCUCCGACGACGGACGCCUCACCCGCGAGAUGUGCAUAGAAAUCUGCGACGACGCUGUAAAGGAUCACCGGCAGAAAAUGGAAUGGCUGUCAUCAGAGGAAAAGUCCCGCAGCAUGAUGCCGUAUUUGCUGGACCUUCCCCCGCUGGACACGGAGGCGCAGGGCGUUGACAGAGUCACCGUCACCGAGAUUCAAGACACUGUAGAAGCUCCUGUCUCUAAAUCCAAAGCGCCUUCCAAAAAAAGAGUAACAAUCAAAGAGAACGAGACCGAGAAGUGACACAGUCUAGUUCCGAGUAGCGAACUAGAAAGGCCAAUAGAACUUCCAAAAGUAAACAUCAGCAAAACACAAGUGAACUGUGAUAAUAAGCACAAACAGACGUUUGACUUUAAAAUUUCCAAAAACAAAAAAUUCAUAGCGUUGUCGGACCGUGACAUGGAAAAGCUCUGCUGGUUAUCAAGCACGAUGAAAGAGCCUGUUUAGUGGAAUUAGGAUUAACCUUUUGA